AUGGUUGUUGAAAUAAACACGGUUUAUAUUGUUAUAUUGUCUUUAUGUAUUGUUGUUAAUAUACAACUUAGCCUCUCUGAAAUAUGCUGCACUCCCGAUCAAUGGGUGGCCGAUAUGUUCCUGGACUAUGGAACAGUGUUCAUCGACAAGGAUCAAGUUUCACCAAAAACAGCUUACUCUUAUAUUAAUGGGACUGUAAAAACUGCAUAUGAUUACGUAAAUCAAAGGACGUAUCUCAAAUUAAAAGGAACGCAAGUGACUCCACUGAUUCCGAAGCCGGAACCCGCCGACACAACCAUUAUCAACGACUACAAAAAUGGUAUUCAAUACAACAUUGGACUGGAUGGCAGCUGUCAAAAAAGUACUAUAAAGAACAUGACAAAACAAUGCGUACCAGAUGACGCUAAAUUGUUGAGUACAGGCUCUUUGGCGGCAAGUUGGAAUAAGGUCAAGAAUUACAAGUUUAUCACUAAAGAUGACUUUCCAGCAUCAGUCGACACAACAGUUAUCAUAAAUUUACCUACGAAAUCAUGCAACCCAGGUUAUGCUGUGUAUUUUGUGGGGAGUACAGAGAGAGGCUCUGGCACAAUGAUAAAUUUUGAUGUGCUGAAUGUGGUACCUAGCAUUCUUGACCCGAGUGUUUUCAGUCCUCCACCACAAUGUAAAAACGCCAGGUUCACAAGAAAAGAGGAAAAUAAAAGAAAUACAGUAUUACAACGCUUAUUUAGGAAGGGACUUUUCUUUUAAAUUAACUUCAACAUAUUUAACAGCAGAACUGAAUAAUUAUGCAAUAGUCGUACAAACUAGGUCUGUAUGUACACAG